GGAAUGCUCAGAGCCCGCGGUAUAAAGGCAGCGGUGGUGGCAGUGGCACAGAGCUCCGUGCGCCCCACAGUCUGGACUGUGGGACAGCUGGAGACUCCUGGAAGCCUGAUCUGCAGCCGCACCAGUACGGCUUGCUGGGGACCAGGCUUGCAAAGUAAUAUUCCUCCUUUCUUUUUGUCUCUCUCUUUCUUGAGUUCUGAGAUGAAGGCCCUGGGCGCAGCGGGUGCUGCCCGGGUCUUGGUCGCCCUGGUAGCUGCAGCUCUUUGCAGCCACCCUCUGCUGGGAGUGAGUGCCACCUUGAACUCCGUUCUCAAUUCCAACGCCAUCAAGAACCUGCCCCCACCGCUGGGCGGCGCUGCAGGGCACCCAGGCUCACCAGUCAGCGUGGCUCCUGGAAUUCUGUAUGAUGGAGGCAACAAGUACCAGACCAUUGACAACUACCAGCCCUAUCCAUGCGCGGAGGAUGAGGAGUGCAGCACUGAUGAGUACUGCGCGAGUCCCACCCGCAGCGGGGGCACCGGUGCGCAGAUCUGCCUGGCCUGCAGGAAGCGCCGAAAACGCUGCAUGCGUCACGCUAUGUGCUGCCCAGGCAAUUACUGCAAAAACGGAAUAUGUAUGCCUUCUGAGCACAGUCAUUUCCAUCGAGGGGAAAUCGAGGAAACCGUUAUUGAAAGCUUCGGUAAUGAUCACAGCACCCUGGACGGGUACUCCAGAAGAACUACACUGUCUUCGAAAAUUUAUCAUACCAAAGGACAAGAAGGUUCUGUCUGUCUCCGAUCGUCAGAUUGUGCUACAGGCUUGUGCUGUGCUAGACACUUCUGGUCUAAAAUCUGUAAACCUGUCCUCAAAGAAGGUCAAGUGUGCACCAAGCACAGGAGAAAAGGCUCUCACGGGCUGGAGAUAUUCCAGCGCUGUUACUGCGGAGAAGGUCUAUCUUGCCGGAUACAGAAAGAUCACCAUCAAGCCAGUAAUUCCUCUAGGCUUCACACCUGUCAGAGACACUAAGCCAGCUGUCCAAACACAGUGGACUCCUUUAUAUAAUAUAUGCUAUGAGAACCUUUUGUGACUUUUGCCAGCUCACUCCUUAAGGAUGUACAAAGUUUGUGGUUACAAUUAAGCAUUCCAAUAAUACCUUCUGAAAAUCGGAGUGUAAGAGCUUUGUUUCUUUAUGGAACUCUCCUGUCAUCGAUUGCAGUAAAUUACUGUGUUGUAAAUUCUCAGUGUGGCACUUACCUGUAAAUGCAAUGAGACUUAUUUUUUUCUAAAGGUGCUGCACUGUCUAUUGUUCCUCUUGUUAUGUAAAUUUUUGUACACGCUGAUUGUUAUCUUGACUCUGAUAAAUAUUCUAUAUUAGACUGUAAUAAAUAAUUUUCGCUU